AUGGGUUCCGUCGUGGAGGGCGACGUCUCCGUGGAGAGCAUCUCGCCAUUCGGCAAGGCUCGCUCGACCAUCAAGGAUGCGCCUCUGAGUGAGGAAGAGCUUAAACUCACCGAUGAUUACAUGCGGGCCAGCCUGUAUCUCUGUCUGGGUAUGCUCUACCUCAGGCAGAAUCCGCUGCUCAAAGAGCCCCUCAAAGUCGAGCAUCUCAAAGCCCGGCUUCUCGGACAUUGGGGUUCCGAUGCCGGUCAAAUCUUCACCUAUGUGGCCAUGAAUCGGCUCAUCAAGAAAUACGACCUCGAUGUCAUCUUUAUUUCGGGACCUGGCCACGGUGCCCCAGCGGUCAUUUCCCAAGCCUAUCUGGAGGGCGUCUACAGCGAAGUCUACCCGGACAAAUCAGAAGAUGUCGAAGGACUGCGGAAGUUCUUCAAGCAGUUUUCGUUCCCAGGUGGCAUUGGCAGUCAUGCUACGCCCGAAACACCAGGUAGUCUGCACGAAGGAGGCGAGCUUGGAUAUAGCAUUUCGCAUGCAUUUGGAACUGUUUUCGACCAUCCGGAUCUGAUUGCUCUGACUAUGGUCGGCGAUGGAGAGUCCGAGACAGGCCCUCUGGCGACUAGCUGGCAUAGCACCAAGUUCCUGAAUCCCAUUACCGAUGGCGCUGUUCUCCCCGUUCUCCAUCUCAACGGCUACAAGAUCAACAACCCGACACUACUCGCCCGAAUCAGCCACCGAGAGCUCGAAGCGCUCUUUGUCGGAUAUGGAUGGACUCCGUAUUUCGUCGAGGGCAGUGAUCCCCUGAGUAUGCACCAGGCCAUGGCCGCCACGUUGGAGAAAGCAGUCCAAGACAUCAGAGGCUAUCAGAAGAAGGCACGGGAGUCAGGAAAAGCGUUCCGCCCACUGUGGCCCAUGAUCAUUCUUCGAAGUCCCAAGGGAUGGACCGGCCCCCGGACAGUGGACGGCCACUAUCUUGAGGGCUACUGGAGAGCUCAUCAGAUUCCUCUUCCAAACGUCGCGUCCAGCCCAGAACACCUCAAACUCCUGGAGGAGUGGAUGAAGAGCUACACACCCGAGAAAUACUUCACCGAGGACGGCAAGCUGGUCCCAGAGCUGAAGAAGGUUGCUCCGGAAGGCAACAGACGUAUGAGUGCAAAUCCCGUUGCCAAUGGCGGACUGAUCAAGAAACCCCUUCUUAUGCCUGACUUUCGCGAGUACAGCCUUCCUGUCGAAAAGGGAGGUAUCAAAGACGCGCCUAGCAUGUCCAACUUUGCCAACUUCCUUCGGGACAUCAUCCAGAAGAACCCUCACAACUUCCGACUGUUCGGGCCUGACGAGACGGAAUCCAACAAGCUUGGUGGCGUGUACGCGGCCGGCAAGAAGGUCUGGUUGGGGGAAUACUUUGACGAAGACGCGGACGGCGGCAAUUUGGCGUUCGAAGGUCGCGUCAUGGAAAUGCUCAGCGAGCACACCGUCGAGGGCUGGCUCGAGGGUUACCUGCUGUCAGGCCGCCAUGGCAUGCUCAACAGCUACGAGCCCUUCAUCCACAUCAUCGACUCGAUGGUGAACCAGCACUGCAAAUGGAUCGAGAAGUGUCUCGAAGUCGAGUGGCGCGCCAAGAUUGCCUCGCUCAACAUCCUUCUCACGGCGACGGUCUGGCGGCAGGACCACAACGGCUUCACACACCAAGAUCCGGGCUUCCUCGACGUCGUGUGCAACAAAUCCCCCGAAGUCGUGCGCAUCUACUUGCCGCCUGACGGGAACUGUCUGCUGUCCGUGAUGGACCACUGCUUCCGCAGCAGCAACUACGUCAACGUCAUCGUCGCGGACAAGCAGAACCACCUGCAAUACCUGGACACGGAGGCCGCGAUCGAGCACUGCACCAAAGGCGCCGGGAUCUGGGACUGGGCCUCCAACGACCAAGGCGAGGAGCCCGACGUGGUCAUGGCCUCGUGCGGCGACGUGCCCACCAUGGAAGCCCUGGCCGCCACGGCCCUGCUGCGCGAAUACAUCCCCGAGCUGAAGAUCCGGUUCGUCAACGUGGUCGACCUGUUCAAGCUGAUCCCGCACGGCGACCACCCGCACGGCAUGACGCAGCGCGACUUUGAAGCCAUCUUUACACCCAACAAACCCGUCAUCUUCAACUUCCAUUCCUACCCGUGGUUGAUCCACCGGCUCACCGCCCAGCGGCCGAGCCAACACAACCUGCACGUCAGGGGCUACAAUGAGAAAGGCAACAUCGACACGCCUCUCGAGUUGGCCAUCCGCAACCGCACCGAUCGGUUCAGUCUCGCGAUGGAGGCCCUGGACCGCAUGCCCGAACUGGGCAACAAGGGCUCGAGCGCGCGGGAGAAGCUGCUCAGCAGCCAGAUCAAGUACCGUACCGUGGCGUUCAACGAGGGCAUCGACCCCGAGGAGAUCCGGACCUGGAAAUGGCCCUUUUGA